CUGGGAAGUAUAGGUUGUGCUGUCAGGCCGGUGUCAGUCUGAUGAAGAUUGGCAUCAGGUGGUGCCCACCUGGGGCUGGUUCCAGAGCCCUCCAACCCUACGUGCUUCUCAGCAGCAGUGCAGCUCCAAACCGUGCUGGAGGUCCGGCUGACCAGGCGACGGGAGAGCCGGUGUGGCCGGAGAGGGGACACGGUGGAGAGGCUCCACAGGACGGUCGCAGAGGCAUCUGGAAACACCACCCAGGAUCCUCGAUGUGAAUCAACCCCAUGAUGCAACAUGCCUCCCCAGCCCCCGCUCUGACGAUGAUGGCCACGCAGAAUGCGCCCCCGCCAGCGUACCAGGACGCCCCGCAGAUGACGGCGACCCCCCAGCCACCCAGCAAGGCCCCGGCCGGGCACAUCUCCGCGCCCUCGGCUGCCGCCAGCACCCCCGUGCCCAGCGCCCCCAUCGACCCACAGGCCCAGCUGGAGGCCGAUAAGCGGGCCGUGUACAGGCACCCGCUCUUCCCGCUCCUCACGCUGCUGUUUGAGAAGUGCGAGCAGGCCACCCAGGGCUCCGAGUGCAUCACCUCCGCCAGCUUCGACGUCGACAUCGAGAAUUUUGUCCGUCAGCAGGAGCAGGAGCACAAACCCUUCUUCAGCGAUGACCCAGAACUGGACAACCUGAUGGUAAAGGCCAUCCAGGUCUUGAGGAUCCACUUGCUGGAGCUGGAGAAGGUAAAUGAGCUCUGUAAGGACUUUUGCAACCGUUACAUCACCUGCCUCAAGACCAAGAUGCACAGCGACAACCUGCUCAGGAAUGACCUCGGCGGUCCCUACUCCCCCAACCAGCCCUCCAUCAACCUGCACCCCCAGGACCUGCUGCAGAACUCCCCCACCGCCAUGACAGCAGUCUCCAACAACCCCCAGGGCAUCGUGGUCCCGGCCUCGGCGCUCCAGCCGGGCAACAUCGCCAUGACAACAGUCAACUCUCAAGUUGUGUCAGGCGGGGCCCUGUACCAGCCGGUUACCAUGGUAACGUCCCAGGGACAGGUGGUCACCCAGGCGAUCCCUCAGGGAGCCAUUCAGAUCCAGAACACACAGGUUAACCUGGAUCUGACCUCACUCCUCGACGGCGAAGACAAAAAGUCCAAGAACAAGCGCGGCGUCCUGCCCAAGCACGCCACCAACAUCAUGCGCUCCUGGCUCUUCCAGCACCUCAUGCACCCGUACCCCACGGAGGACGAGAAGAGGCAGAUAGCGGCCCAGACCAACCUCACCCUCCUGCAAGUCAAUAACUGGUUCAUCAAUGCCCGGCGGCGCAUUCUGCAGCCCAUGCUGGACGCCAGCAACCCGGACCCUGCACCCAAGGCCAAGAAGAUCAAGGCCCAGCACCGGCCCACGCAGCGCUUCUGGCCCAACUCCAUCGCCGCCGGCGUCCUGCAGCAGCAAGGGGGCACGCCGGGCACUAACCCUGACGGCUCCAUCAGCUUGGACAGCCUGCAGCCCCUCUCCUCCGAUGGCGCCACCAUGGCGAUGCAGCAGGCGAUGAUGGCGGCCCACGAGGACUCGCUGGACGGGACGGAGGAGGAGGAGGAGGAAGAGGAGGAGGAGGAGGAGGAUGAGAUGGAGGAGGAGGAGGAAGAGGAGGAGGAGGAGCUGGAGGAGGAGCUGGAGGAGGAGGCGGACGAGCUGCAGACCACGAACGUGGGCGACCUGGGCCUGGAGCACAGUGACUCUUUGGAGUAGCGGCGCCCCAGUGGCCGGGUCAGGGGAAGGGGCAGGGGUCGGGGGCCCCGGGGCCAGGGUGGCCUGACUGCGGAGGGGAGCACACCCCGGGGCCCCUCCCUCCCUCAGCCGGGAGUUCCGAGGCAAGACGGAUCCCCGUUCAGGAUAUCCGAGCGAAGGACAGAGGGGCCUGCAAGGGCCAGAGGGGAUCUGGGGGUGGCUUGGGAGGGCCUGGGUGGGGCGGGGGAGAGGUUGAAGGCUGGGCCAGACCUUGGAGAACCCCCCAGGGGCUGGCGUCUCUCCCCUCCGCUUGCACGUGGACUAGCCUACCCGGCCCCUCCGCACCCCCGUUGGCGACCCCCAGCCUUGCCCAGAUGUCAGUAAGAAUGCGGACUCGGAGCGCCAGGGGUUCCUUGGGCACCAGCACCACGUGGGGAGCCCGAUGGGAUGGGCGACACCCGCCAGACACCCCCUCAGACCGUCUCCACUACCGGAGUCCUCAAUCUCGGGGUCCCAGCCCGGAGGAGGCGUGCCCCUGGGGACCCGCCAGGCUCCUUCCCCUCGGGCCCCCGCCCCGGUCCAGCCUGGGACUUCAGGCCAGAGGCCUCUCGUGCCCAUGUCUCGGAUGCAGCCGGAGGAUGGGGAACCCCCCGCCACCAAGGGUGGCGGAGGCGGGGGAGACGGUGCUAAGAGCCCCCUUCCCCCCAGGAACUGUGCUUCUCCGCCGGAUGCCGGUCCCCCCGGCCCCCCCACCCCCACCCCGGGGCUGCUGCCAGGACUGGGCCCGGUGGGGCGCUCCGGGGGGAGGCCCAGAAGGAACUGGGGGGAACCCGGGUGCCCCGGGCUCGGAACCCUCGUCCGCCAGCAACGACUCCGGGACGGCACCCCGACUCGGCCCGCUGGGGGAGAGCACGGCGGGGAGCCCCACCCUGGCGGUCUCUGACGGGCACUUGAAUGUAUUUCUCCCCCAAGCGAGCAGAUAUUUAAUGUUUUAAUAGGGAUUUUUUUGAGACACAGAUAACCUUAUUUAUAA